CAGGCUCAACAAUCUCAACAGCAGCUCCAGGCUCAACCGCCUCAACAGCAGCUCCAGGCUCAACAGUCUCAACAGCAGCACCAGGCUCAACGGUCUCAACAGCUGCUUCAGGCUCAACCGUUUCAACAGCUGCUCCAGGCUCAACAGUCUCAACAGCAGCGCCAGGCUCAACGAUCUCAACAGCUGCUCCAGGCUCAACAGUCUCAACAGCAGCUCCAGGCUCAACCGCCUCAACUGCAGCUCAAGGCUCAACAGCCUCAACUGCAGCUCUAGGCUCAACAGUCUCCACAGCAGCUCUAGGCUCAACAGUCUCAACAGCAGCUCCAGGCUCAACCGCCUCAACUGCAGCUCCAGGCUCAACAGUCUCAACAGCAGCGCCAGGCUCAACAGUUUCAACAGCAGCGCCAGGCUCAACAGUUUCAACAGCAGCGCCAGGCUCAACAACCUCACCACUAACCCCAUCCACACCAAUUGCAUCAGCAGCAGUCACCUCAACUUCUCAAACAAUGAGAAUAUCGACAACAGCAGCCAAAGCCACCACAACAGCAAGUGUCAACGGGACGACGACUGUUCCACCAGCAGCAUCAACUGCUUCAACAAGAGCAACAGCUGGACUACUGACGUCACAGACAACGGCGGUAACACCAAAUGCCACGGAAGGUCUAAUUGUGCCCGUGACGCAGCCACCAAUUAAUGCAGCAAAGUCAACAACUACAGUGCCGGUCCACGUGACCACAAGCAUCGUCCCUGGGUUCACGUCCUCUGUGACGACGCUGUCGAGCACGAGCUUGCCUCCCUCGGUCGUGUCGAACACGCCGAUCUCAAUCAACACACCCGGGUGGAUGACCACAACCACGCCAACAACGACUACACCGACAACAACCACACCAACAACGACCACAACCACCGGUGUGCCACCCACAGCGCCACCAACAACUUCUCCCACGGCGACGACAGCCAUCACCGUGGCCCCAACUGCUCCGAUUGUCCCCGUGACAACGACAACAGCAACCUUCCAGCACUUCUACAUCAAGUUCACCAUCGUCAACCGCAACUACAGCAGCGAUCUGGCGCAGAGCUACUCUCCCCUGCGAACCGAGUACACCACAAACAUCUCCAACCUGUUGGAGAACCUGUUCUAUCAGGAAAUCGGGGAUGCAAUGCAGGCAUGCACAGUGACGAAUUACUGGGAGGGCCCACUAGUGGUGGUUGCGAGGUGCGAGUUCACAAACACCAGCAGUGUGAACGAGUCGGUGGUUGACGCGGCCUUCAGAGCAGGAACCACCCAACUGAGCAGCCUGGGACCUUACCUGCUCAAGAACACAGACCUCACAGUGACCAGGACGGAGCCACUGCCUCCAACAGGAACGCCAGCAACUACCAGUGCCGUCACAGCUCCAGUUGCAACAACUACUUCUGCAAGUGCAUCCAACGUCACCACAAGUCAGUCGAUCACCCAAGCUCCAACUGUGCCUGAGCCAAGCCAACUGAUCCCCACGACGUCGCCACCGUUCGCCCCGACCGUUGGAGACCAGCAGCACUUCUACAUCAAGUUCACCAUCGUCAACCGCAACUACAGCAGCGAUCUGGCGCAGAGCUACUCUCCCCUGCGAACCGAGUACACCACAAACAUCUCCAACCUGCUGGAGAACCUGUUCUAUCAGGAAAUCGGGGAUGCACUGCAGGCAUGCACAGUGACGAAUUACUGGGAGGGCCCACUAGUGGUGGUUGCGAGGUGCGAGUUCACAAACACCAGCAGUGUGAACGAGUCGGUGGUUGACGCGGCCUUCAAAGCAGGAACCACCCAACUGAGCAGCCUGGGACCUUACCUGCUCAAGAACACAGACCUCACAGUGACCAGAACAGAACCAAUGCCUCCAUCUGCAACACAAGCACCUCCCAGUCCAGCAACUCCUCCGUCAAUGACACCACCAGGCACAGGGCUGCCACCCUCAGUUUCCACCACAGCGGCUUUAACGACCAAACAGACGACCACCACAGAAGCACCCAUCGUUCCUGUGACGAACAAACCGAUCAACGCCGGGAAGACGACAACAGCGCCAGUCGGCCUGACCCAGGGACCCGUGCAGCACUUCUACAUCAAGUUCACUAUCGUCAACCGCAACUACAGCAGCGAUCUGGCGCAGAGCUACUCUCCCCUGCGAACCGAGUACACCACAAACAUCUCCAACCUGCUGGAGAACCUGUUCUAUCAGGAAAUCGGGGAUGCACUGCAGGCAUGCACAGUGACGAAUUACUGGGAGGGCCCACUAGUGGUGGUUGCGAGGUGCGAGUUCACAAACACCAGCAGUGUGAACGAGUCGGUGGUUGACGCGGCCUUCAAAGCAGGAACCACCCAACUGAGCAGCCUGGGACCUUACCUGCUAAAGAACACAGACCUCACAGUGACCAGAACAGAACCAAUGCCUCCAUCUGCAACACAAGCACCUCCCAGUCCAGCAACUCCUCCGUCAACGACACCACCAGGCACAGGGCUGCCACCCUCAGUUUCCACCACAGCGGCUUUAACGACCAAACAGACGACCACCACAGAAGCACCCAUCGUUCCUGUGACGAACAAACCGAUCAACGCCGGGAAGACGACAACAGCGCCAGUCGGCCUGACCCAGGGACCCGUGCAGCACUUCUACAUCAAGUUCACUAUCGUCAACCGCAACUACAGCAGCGAUCUGGCGCAGAGCUACUCUCCCCUGCGAACCGAGUACACCACAAACAUCUCCAACCUGUUGGAGAACCUGUUCUUUCAGGAAAUCGGGGAUGCACUGCAGGCAUGCACAGUAACGAAUUACUGGGAGGGACCACUGGUGGUGGUUGCCAGGUGCGAGUUCACAAACACAAGCAGCGUGAACGAGUCGGUGGUUGACGCGGCCUUCAGAGCAGGAACCACCCAACUGAGCAGCCUGGGACCUUACCUGCUCAAGAAAACAGACCUCACAGUGACCAGAACAGAACCAAUGCCUCCAUCUGCAACACAAGCACCUCCCAGUCCAGCAACUCCUCCGUCAACGACACCACCAGGCACAGGGCUGCCACCCUCAGUUUCCACCACAGCGGCUUUAACGACCAAACAGACAACCACCACAGAAGCACCCAUCGUUCCUGUGACGAACAAACCGAUCAACGCCGGGAAGACGACAACAGCGCCAGUCGGCCUGACCCAGGGACCCGUGCAGCACUUCUACAUCAAGUUCACCAUCGUCAACCGCAACUACAGCAGCGAUCUGGCGCAGAGCUACUCUCCCCUGCGAACCGAGUACACCACAAACAUCUCCAACCUGUUGGACAACCUCUUCGCCCAGGAAAUAGGACAUGGAUUCCAAACAUGCCACGUGGCGAAAUACUGGGAGGGCCCACUGGUGGUGGUUGCCAGGUGCGAGUUCACAAACACCAGCAGUGUGAACGAGUCGGUGGUUGACGCGGCCUUCAGAGCAGGAACCACCCAACUGAGCAGCCUGGGACCUUACCUGCUCAAGAAAACAGACCUCACAGUGACCAGAACAGAACCAAUGCCUCCAUCUGCAACACAAGCACCUCCCAGUCCAGCAACUCCUCCGUCAACGACACCACCAGGCACAGGGCUGCCACCCUCAGUUUCCACCACAGCGGCUUUAACGACCAAACAGACGACCACCACAGAAGCACCCAUCGUUCCUGUGACGAACAAACCGAUCAACGCCGGGAAGACGACAACAGCGCCAGUCGGCCUGACCCAGGGACCCGUGCAGCACUUCUACAUCAAGUUCACUAUCGUCAACCGCAACUACAGCAGCGAUCUGGCGCAGAGCUACUCUCCCCUGCGAACCGAGUACACCACAAACAUCUCCAACCUGUUGGAGAACCUGUUCUUUCAGGAAAUCGGGGAUGCACUGCAGGCAUGCACAGUAACGAAUUACUGGGAGGGACCACUGGUGGUGGUUGCCAGGUGCGAGUUCACAAACACAAGCAGCGUGAACGAGUCGGUGGUUGACGCGGCCUUCAGAGCAGGAACCACCCAACUGAGCAGCCUGGGACCUUACCUGCUCAAGAAAACAGACCUCACAGUGACCAGAACAGAACCAAUGCCUCCAUCUGCAACACAAGCACCUCCCAGUCCAGCAACUCCUCCGUCAACGACACCACCAGGCACAGGGCUGCCACCCUCAGUUUCCACCACAGCGGCUUUAACGACCAAACAGACAACCACCACAGAAGCACCCAUCGUUCCUGUGACGAACAAACCGAUCAACGCCGGGAAGACGACAACAGCGCCAGUCGGCCUGACCCAGGGACCCGUGCAGCACUUCUACAUCAAGUUCACCAUCGUCAACCGCAACUACAGCAGCGAUCUGGCGCAGAGCUACUCUCCCCUGCGAACCGAGUACACCACAAACAUCUCCAACCUGUUGGACAACCUCUUCGCCCAGGAAAUAGGACAUGGAUUCCAAACAUGCCACGUGGCGAAAUACUGGGAGGGCCCACUGGUGGUGGUUGCCAGGUGCGAGUUCACAAACACCAGCAGUGUGAACGAGUCGGUGGUUGACGCGGCCUUCAGAGCAGGAACCACCCAACUGAGCAGCCUGGGACCUUACCUGCUCAAGAAAACAGACCUCACAGUGACCAGAACAGAACCAAUGCCUCCAUCUGCAACACAAGCACCUCCCAGUCCAGCAACUCCUCCGUCAACGACACCACCAGGCACAGGGCUGCCACCCUCAGUUUCCACCACAGCAGCUUUAACGACCAAACAGACAACCACCACAGAAGCACCCAUCGUUCCUGUGACGAACAAACCGAUCAACGCCGGGAAGACGACAACAGCGCCAGUCGGCCUGACCCAGGGACCCGUGCAGCACUUCUACAUCAAGUUCACCAUCGUCAACCGCAACUACAGCAGCGAUCUGGCGCAGAGCUACUCUCCCCUGCGAACCGAGUACACCACAAACAUCUCCAACCUGUUGGACAACCUCUUCGCCCAGGAAAUAGGACAUGGAUUCCAAACAUGCCACGUGGCGAAAUACUGGGAGGGCCCACUGGUGGUGGUUGCCAGGUGCGAGUUCACAAACACCAGCAGUGUGAACGAGUCGGUGGUUGACGCGGCCUUCAAAGCAGGAACCACCCAACUGAGCAGCCUGGGACCUUACCUGCUCAACAAGACAGACCUCACAGUGACCAGAACGGAGCCAUUACCUCCGACACAAGCUUCAACCACUACAGGAACAAUCGUUCCCGCGGCGACGACGAUGAAGCCAACAGUGGCAGUCGGCCCGACCCAGGAACCCCUGCAGCAUUUCUACAUCAAGCUCACCAUCGUCAACCGCAACUACAGCAGCGAUCUGGCGCAGAACAACUCUACCCUGCGACAAGAAUACACUGCAAACAUCUCCGGCCUGCUGGAAGACCUUUUCCGAAAGCAAGUCAGCAAUACACAGCACAACUGCACCGUCACAAAUUACUGGCCUGGCACACUGGUGGUGGUGGUUGCCAGGUGCGAGUUCACAAACACCAGCAGUGUGAACGAGUCGGUGGUUGACGCGGCCUUCAAAGCAGGAACCACCCAACUGAGCAGCCUGGGACCUUACCUGCUCAACAAGACAGACCUCACAGUGACCAGAACGGAGCCAUUACCUCCGACACAAGCUUCAACCACUACAGGAACAAUCGUUCCCGCGGCGACGACAAUGAAGCCAACAGUGGCAGUCGGCCCGACCCAGGAACCCCUGCAGCAUUUCUACAUCAAGCUCACCAUCGUCAACCGCAACUACAGCAGCGAUCUGGCGCAGAACAACUCUACCCUGCGACAAGAAUACACUGCAAACAUCUCCGGCCUGCUGGAAGACCUUUUCCGAAAGCAAGUCAGCAAUACACAGCACAACUGCACCGUCACAAAUUACUGGCCUGGCACACUGGUGGUGGUGGUUGCCAAGUGUGAGUUCACAAACACCAGCAGUGUGAACGAGACGGUGGUUGACGCGGCCUUCAAAAACGGAACACAACAACUGACCAGCCUGGGAGACUACCUGCUCAACACGACAGCCCUCAGUGUGACCAGAACUGAGCCGUUACCUCCAACAGAGGCACCCAUAGCAGCUCCAGAGACACUCGUGGCAUUCUUCAUCAAGUUCACAGUGGUGAACUACAAUUACACGGUUGAUCUGGGCAACAGCAGCUCUCCAUUGUAUCAGGAACACUCGAAGAACAUCUCUCAAGAGCUGGAGAAACUGUACAAAAAUGUCAAGGGAAUCAAUUUGAAGAACUGCACCGUUGUAGACUUCUGGGACCAACCACUGACGGUGGUUGCAAAGUGCUUCUUCGUCAAUGCCAGUGAUGUCAACAACAACAGCGUAUUUGAAAACUUCAAGAAUGGGACGAAAUCGCUGAAGAAACUCGGGAAUUACAGCCUCACUGAGAAAGACGCGGACGUCACAGUGACAACGGAACAACCCGUACGUCCCACCGUACAACCCGUACGUCCCACCGUACAACCCGUGAGUCCCACCGUACAACCCGUGCUUCCCACCGAAGCCCUGAAGGAUUUCGACAUUCAGUUCACGAUCCACAACCACACCUUCACAAAGGAACUCAAGGAUAACAAUUCUUCAACCUACAAAGAAUAUGUUAAGAACAUCACCGAACUGGUGGAGAACCUCUACAGGACAAAGUACAACAAGACACUGCACUACUGCGUGAUAACCGGUUUCACAGAAGGAUCAAUUAAAGUGGAUUGCAAAUGCUACUUCACAAAUAGUAGCACAGUGACAGUAGCCGACAUCCUAGAAACAUUCUCCAACAAAACGGACGGCAUCGACCUGCUCGGAGCUUACAAGCUGCAGCCCAACAAGCUCACAGUGAAUGGAAUAAAGCCCGAACAUGAGAAGUUGAAAACAUUCUACAUACAAUUCCGUCCAUUCCUGAAAAAGGAAAGUCUAGAAGAUGCUGUCUUCAAAAAGAAUGUUACAGAUGAGCUGGAGAAACUCUUUAAUCAGGAGCUUGUGAACAUCACGCGCAACUGCAGCUGGGUGGGCAGGACUGAUGAUUAUGUAAUCACUGAGAAGUGCGACUUUCUGGACUCUCCGGAUCUCAACGAAACGGUCAUCAGCGACGCCUUCAUCAAAGGGACACACAACAUCACCAAGCUGGGCAACUACCAGCUCCAAAACGAUGGCACCUUCAAUGUUUCAAACAAACCAAUCGUGCCUGCAGAGAAGCUGAAGCCAUACUACCUAAAAUUCACCGUCACCAACCAUAAGUACAAAACCGACCUGGAGACCGUCACCUCUCAGUCUUACGCAGACAUCACCAAGGGAAUCUCUGCAGAGCUGGAUAAGUUGUUCAACAAAGAAAUUGUAAACAAGUCUCGUGGAUGCACAAUCGUGGAUUACUGGCCGGCAGAUAACGACGGUACACCGAAGAAUUUGGUGGUGGUUGCUAAGUGCAACUUCACAGACACGCCGGAAGUGAACAGGACCGUCGUUAUGGACGCAUUUUACAAGGGCACCAACGGAACUUACAAACUCGGGGAAUACGACUUGAUGCACAACGACAUUUUCGUCGAUGACAAACCAAUCGUGCCUGCAGAGAAGCUGAAGCCAUACUACCUAAAAUUCACCGUCACCAACCAUAAGUACAAAACCGACCUGGAGACCGUCACCUCUCAGUCUUACGCAGACAUCACCAAGGGAAUCUCUGCAGAGCUGGAUAAGUUGUUCAACAAAGAAAUUGUAAACAAGUCUCGUGGAUGCACAAUCGUGGAUUACUGGCCGGCAGAUAACGACGGUACACCGAAGAAUUUGGUGGUGGUCGCCAAGUGCAACUUCACAGACACGCCGGAAGUGAACGAGACCGUCGUUAAGGACGCAUUCUACAAGGGCACCAACGGAACUUACAAACUCGGGGAAUACGACUUGAUGUACAACGACAUUGUCGUCGAUGCACACAGACCCUCCCAACCUGAAGUCUUCAAAGACUUCAACAUCCAGUUCACCAUAUCGAACCACAGCUUUGCGCCAGACCUGUACAACCCAAACUCAUUACUGUACAAGGAAUACGUGAAAAACAUUACUGAUCGGUUGGAAAACUUGUACAAGACGAAGUACAACGGCACGUUCAAAUACUGCAAUGUGACCGGCUUAAGGAUCGGAUCGAUCAUCGUUGACUGCCACUGCUACUUCUCAAACAGCACCACGAGUGUGCCAGACAUCAAGAACACAUUCGCUAACGGCACGGGUGGAGUCGUAAAUCUCGGAGACUAUCAACUCUCUCCCAACAGCCUCCAAGUCUACCAAAACAACAUUCUGGUUUCCACAGCAGCCCCUACCACGACAAAGCCGAUUUACCCCGCAAUGAAGCCGCUGCCAUAUUGGAUCAUAUUCAUCAUCGCACUCUGCUGCCUCCUGUUCGGAGCGAUGCUCUUACUCUGUCUACUGAUGCUUUGCGUGAAGUACUGCCGGCACCACACAGGAAAAUACCAGACCAUGCAGCGACCCUGGGGAACCUACUACCCACACCUGGACUUGAGAAAAACGCACUAAAUCUGGGGAGCAAUGAACAUGGCACGAGUCGCAGUGUAUGCUCCGUGAAGUUUGAACAAACGUAGCACUUUACUUAAAAAAAGAAUAAAAAAUAUGGCGUUUAAUAACUUAAGUGUGUAUGUGUAGGUAGACUUAAACAAUCUAUCUUUUUUAUAUAUAUAUGAACUGUUUAUGUUAAAGAAUGUGGAAACCUUUAUCCUUUUUCCGCAAUAUAAGUGGUAUGUUGAUGUAAAAAUUCAAAUAUAUAUUUUAAGAAAUGUAUGCAAGCCGUAUAAGUUACAAUGUAUGUUAUUCCAUUUCUGUUAAGCAUUCACUAUUAGAUUUCGAAGUUGUAUUAUGAAAUGAAUGUUUGCUUCUUUUGUGGGAAUUUUUAGAAUAUAUUUCAUUGCCAAUUAUCCAAAUGUCCAUGGAUUUACAUGUAAUGCUUUACAUUUCGAGAGCCAUAUAUGCUUGGGGGGGAUGCUAGGGUUUUUAUUUGAAUUUUUUGCUUUUUUCCUUAUGGCUGGGCCAUUUAGUUUACAUUUUUAUGCUACUCAUGUAUCGUUUCAUUUCUUAACUAACUCAGGUGGUUGGCGUUACUGUUACACUUUUAGCUAAACUCGUAUUCUUGCAAGCAAAAUAUAAUUGAAAGAUGUCCUGAAAAAAGUUGAUAACCCACCUAAAAAUAUACCAUAUUCUCCAGACUAUCAGAUAAUCUAGAAAGUAAGACAUAUCCAACACAUGUGCUCCGGUGUCAAUAAAGUUCUGCAAAUCUUGUCACACUCCUACCAGAUACUAAAAUUUACCCCUAACUUUUGCAUUAGAUUUCAAGGAAAAAAGCAUAUCAUAAUACAGAGAAUAUGGUAUAUACAGUACAGUUUUUAAAAAUAACCCACACUAGCACUUUGAAAUCCACUUUUGAUCAUUUGGAUCGCAGCUCUCCGAUGUGCGUGUUGUUUGGAAUGAUGUCCGACGUUUCAGUCAACGUGCUGGGGGAUUCAGAAACUAAGAGAUCAUGCCAAACAACACAACCUGCGGUGCAACCGUAAAACACAUUGGAACGCUGCUCAGCACAACCGUGAAACCAAACGCAGUUUGUAUCUUCACACAAAUGGGUUUUCACGAUGAACUUAAACAUUCACUUUUGUUUUAUUCCACUUAACCUGCUUAUCAUCUCAACAAAAGCCGACACUUUUUGAAACAAUAACAAUGUUGUGGGUUAUCAAAAUUCUUCCAGGACACUCUUCAAUUAUAAUAAAAGUAGAUUAGAAUAUAAAAAAAUAUA